UACGUAAAUAAAUAAAAAAAAUAUAAAAUAAAAUAAAAAGUGGAAAAAGCCAUGCAAAAAAUUGCUUGACAAAUGCACUUGUAAUAAAAAAAAAUAAAAAGGAGUAAAAAAUAAUGAAAAAUAAAAAAUAAUGAGAAGAAGAAAAAUAUGACUAGAAAAAAAUAUUGUGAAUCGCCAAGUCGUGUGCUGGCGAAACUACUGUUGCUAAUAACUCUCAACCUAAAUCAUGUCAACUGUUAUCGCACAAGCCCAUUACAAUCACGCACCUUCGUUGGCAGCACAAGCAACGGCAAUGCGCCAUCCACAACACCCUUGCCAAAGGCAUGUAUCUGGAAUGCGAACAACGGUAACAACGGCGAACAUGUGGAAAACACGGAGAAAAGUAUGUUGUGUCGAAUGAAGUCAUUAUCGAAAACAGACGGCGUUCUUGCGAACCUAAGUUUAUCGAAUUUAAACAAUUUGCACAAACUCAAGUUGGAAUGUAGCGACACAGCGAUGUACGAAAGCACAUUAGAGUCUACCGCAACUCCAAGCGGAUAUUUUUUGGCAGGCUUCAAACAAUUACGACAUCUCGAUAUUGAGUCGUGUAAAUUGCGAUAUGUGCCUGCGUUGGUAUUUGCGGGACUCAGUUCGCUAACGACACUUGUACUUCGAACACGAAAUACCGAUUGGAAUUUGAAUCUCGAGUUGCAUCACGAUUCGUUUCGCGGACUUACAGAAGUGCGUGAUUUGAGUCUCGCUGAAAAUGGGAUUUAUGAAGUGCCAAAAGAAGUAUUUUGCCCGAUGUAUUCGUUGCGUGCACUGAAUCUCUCAAGAAAUCAUUUUAACGACGUAACGCAAUUGCUUUUCUCUGAUUGGGGCAAAGGACCUUCGGCGCCCGGCAAAGCAUGCAAUACAGCUUUGGAGAAACUCGAUUUGAGCAAUAACGACAUUACAAUAUUGCCGGAUAAUAGUUUCACGGCGUUACGAUCUCUGACAAUUCUGCAUUUGGAGAAUAAUUUGUUGACUGAAGUUGCGGAUCGAUCGUUUGUUGGUCUCGUCGCUUUGCAAUUACUCAACAUGUCAAAUAAUAAAAUUAUCGCAUUACCUCCAGAAUUGUUUCAAUCAUCACGCAAAAUUCGUCAAAUAUUUUUACAAAAUAAUUCGAUUGCUGUGCUUGCACCUGGCUUACUCGAAGGUCUCGAUCAACUGGAAGUACUUGACUUGAGUAAGAAUGCGUUGAAUAGCGAAUGGAUAAAUCGUGAUACGUUUGCCGGGCUUAUCCGAUUGCUCGAUCUCAACUUGAGCAACAAUAAAAUUGAUCGGAUCGACAGACACGUCUUCCGCGGGCUUUACAGCUUGCAACAACUUGAUUUGGGACAAAAUCUCAUCGAAAAACUCAGCGACAAUUCCUUCACGGAUCUCAAAAAUUUGAAUAGUUUGAUAUUAUCGAACAAUCGUUUGAAGGCAGUUAACCAAUUUGACUUCUCCGAAUUGUAUGUACUGAAAUUAUUGUGGCUCGACAGCAAUUAUAUCACAAAUAUACACGAACGUGCAUUCGAAAAUCUCACACAUUUGCACGAUUUGGGCUUGAAUGAUAAUAAACUCGAAGAGAUUCCUUCUAACAUGAAAUCUCUGAGAUUUUUAAAGUCACUCGAUUUGGGAAAAAAUCAAAUUUCUGACAUCAAUGUGGAUGCCUUCGAAGGUCUUGAAGAGUUGCUCGGAUUAAGACUGACUGACAAUUUAAUUGGAAAUAUUUCACGUGAUACUUUCAGUGACUUGCCUUCAUUGCGUGUGCUGAAUUUGGCUUCCAACAAAAUUCGCCAUAUUGAUCAAAGUGCAUUUAUAUCGAAUCCAAGUAUCACAGGCAUUCGUCUCGACAACAAUUUACUCGAAGAUAUUUCGGGAGUAUUUACAUCGCUUUCAACGCUCGUUUGGCUUAACGUUUCUGAUAAUAAAUUAGCCAUGUUCGAUUACUCGCAUUUCCCCGACUCGCUGCAAUGGCUCGACAUUCAUCUCAACGAAAUUAACGAGCUUGGAAAUUAUUUCAACAUUCGUACGGGAGUCAGUAUUAAAAUGCUUGACGUCAGCUAUAAUCGCAUUACGAAGCUCAAUGCCAAGUCAAUCCCCGAUAAUAUCGAAAAUUUCUUCAUUAACAACAACUUAAUCGACGUCAUCGAACCAGGCACUUUUGUUCACAAAACAAAUUUAACGAAAGUAAUUUUGUCGGGAAAUCUCAUUCAAAAUUUGGAAAUGUCAGCGUUAACAUUACCCGUUGUUCCUGAAUAUCGCAACAUUCCUGAAUUCUAUCUCGCCAACAAUUUGUUCCAUUGUGACUGUAAACUCGAGUGGCUUCAUCGCAUCAACGAUUUGUCAUAUCUCCGUCAAUAUCCAAAAGUUAAUGACUUGGAUGAGAUUAAAUGUAGUGUCGAGCAUACUCGUAGCAACGAUCAACGACUUCUUGUCGAACUCAGUAGUCAAGAUUUCUUGUGCAAAUACGAUCAACAUUGCUUCGCGCUGUGCCAUUGUUGUGAAUUUGAUGCUUGCGAUUGUAAAAUGACGUGCCCAAAAGGAUGCACUUGUUAUCACGAUCCCGCAUGGAAUGGAAAUAUCGUCGAUUGUGGCAAUGCACAUCUUAAAGAAGUGCCCAAAAAGAUUCCCAUGGAUGUAACUGACUUGUAUCUCGACGGUAAUAGUUUCGAGAGCUUGCCAAGUCACCAAUUUAUCGGAAAGAAAAAGCUUCAACGACUUUAUUUGAAUAACAGUUUGAUUGAAACGCUUGAGCCAAAAGUCUUCAAUGGCUUAACGAAUUUAGUUGCAUUACAUUUGGAGGACAAUGCCAUCAGCGAAGUGCGUCAAAGUGAUAUUGGUCAAUUGCCCAAUUUAGUCGAAUUAUAUCUCGGGGAAAAUGGCAUCAAACGAAUUCCUGAAGGGCUGUUUUCUCGCAUGACUAACUUGCAAGUGUUGGAUCUGCAAGGAAAUGGCAUUCAAGAUUUCAAGCCAUGGGAACAACUUUCAAUUUUGGAUGGCUCCCUGAAAAAAGUCAAUUUAAAAGGUAAUCAGCUGAGUUGUGAUUGUAAAAAUGACGCAAUGAAAACAUGGUACGAGCAAUGGAGUAAAAAUGCCGAAGAACUCAUGUGCUCCAACAAAAAAUUGCUAUCUACAGUCGUUCAAUCGUGCGACACAAAUGCCAUAAAAAAUCCCGGGCCCGUUGCGACGCCCACUGUUCAACGUACUCUAAUUCCCGACAUAAAUAUGUUUUCGGAUGGCUACCUGCCGUUCCUGAUAGCUGUGAUCAUAGGUAUAGUUUUAACAUUAUUAAUAAUCACUUUGGUGUUUGCGUUUCGCAAUGAAUUUCGGCUGUGGGCAUACUCGAAAUAUGGCGUGCGUCUUCGCAAAGAUCCUCUCACGGCACUCGAAAAGUGCGAAGACAACGAGAAGCUGUACGACGCUUACGUAAUUUACAGUGCCGACGACACAGAUUCUUUACAACGAGAAUUCACGUCGGAAUUGGAGCACAUGGGAUACUCCCUUUGCCUGCAUUAUCGCGACUUGCAUUCGCAAAACUACCUUGCAGAUACGCUACACAGCGCUGCCGAUGCUUCGCGCAAAAUUAUCAUCUUCUUGUCAAUUAAUUUCCUCCGCAUGGAAUGGAGUCAUCCGGAAUUUCAUGCAGCAUUGCAGUCAGUACUUGAAUUAAUUCGACCAACACGACGACAACACAAAAUUAUUCUCAUCACGACGUGCCCGAGCAAUGUGAUAUUAAUGGAUCCCAUACUGGAUGUCUUGGCACGCACUUGUACCGUCAUCAGUUGGGAAGAUCGUCGUUUUUGGGACAAACUACGAUUCGCCAUGCCCGAUAUCACGGCAAAUAGUGCUGCUGCCAUGUCGGGAAAUAAACAUCAUAACAACAAAAAUGUGAUAAAAGCACAAAAUUUACGUUACGGUCCAACGCCGACUUUACAGCAUGGUACAUGGCGUCCUCAUCAUGCUCCUUCAAACAUCCAAUUAGCGCCUCACAUUUCCCCGAGUAACAGUAAUUGUCCCACGGAAGACGAACUUUCGUCAACUGCUUCGUCGCAGCAUUAUGAAAGCCCGACACAUCAUCGAACUCCUACUUACGUUUACGAUACGGGACGUCGCUCGACGAAUCAUGUUUACUCUACCAUUCCCGAGGGUCAAUAUCCGCCAACGAUGCCAUCAGCUCCCUACCAUACCACAAAUACCAGAAGUCAAUCACGUCAAAGUAAUCGCCCGUGUUUCGUCUAAAAAGUGAAACAAUUAACGAAUUUUAGAAGUCUAGAACAAUUAACAUGUUUUGUAAAUAGCACAAAUUUGAGACAACAAAGCGAUAAGAGAACUUUGACGAGCGAUGAGGAUUACGAUGAAAGGUCAAUGAAUGCAUUAAAAACAAUAUACACGCAUCAACUGUCUGACUUGUAUACUAAAUACGCGACUUAAUUAGAAAAAUGAAAGAAAAAAAGAACAAGAAAUCAGGUUUCUUCCUUAUAUAAUUAUCACAGAGAGAUAUUCAACGUACCGAGAGUUACUUAACAAACGUCUUCUAAUUACAUUGUUAAACAAACCAAACAAAGCUAUUAUGUUAUAUUACAUUUUUUUACAUACAUACAUUUUCCAUACCAUAGCGCAGAGUCGGGAGAAGAAGACGAUAUUCAAUUACUCACAUUUAAUUAUUUGAAUGUUAUUUAACGUUUCUUUUGUAUAAUUUUUUAUUUUUAUUCUUGCUUUGUAUGCCUACAUGGACUUCAUGCAUUCAAAAUCAUUUAAACGGCACAAAUUGACUCUCUCGUGGUCGUCUUACUACGAACCAUGCUAAAAAGACGAAGAAGAGAAAAAAAAAUUAAAAAUAUUAUUCAUGCAGGAACAAAAAAAAAUAAUACGAAGAAAUAACUUACGGUUUAAUAGAAAAAUAUUCAUGGCAUGACACGGUAAACAACUUUAGGUCAUAUUAUUUUAUUUGAAAAAAUAAUUUCAUUGCACUGAUGGACAAUGAGCUUGUAGCGAGAAUGUCAUGGAAUUUGGCAUUGAAAUUGUUCAAUUAAAAUUUCUUUCAAAUGUCUCUAAUUUUAUUUAACUGAAAAACAUUCAAAAACGUCAAUUUAACGAAAUUUAACAAAACAAAAAUACAUUUUUUUAAAAAAAAUAUACAGAGACAGAUGAGGAGGUAACAUAAACAAAAAACACACUGAAAUUAACACAAAAGACAACCACACCACAUAAAAAUUGUAAAAAUAUUACAAUACAUACUUUAUACUUUGUUUUCUUUCAAAAUCAUCCAUUUGGAAUACAUUUUCUUCUCCUAUAAAGAUAAUGAAUGUCGUAAAAUAAAAUUAUUACUAUUUUUCAUCAAUGCAACAAAUGACCCGGUAGUCAGUAUUCAUUCAAUUUUUUUCAAGUAUUUACUGCGAAGACGACGACUAAUUAUAGCUUGGUAUUGAAAUUUAAACAGAUAAUUAAUAGGGAAAGAGACGUUUGUUAAAUA